CGCACACGCACACACCUCCCUGCAUGUGAUUAAAUGGCUCGAAAUCUGCUUCUGAUUUCCUCGGGGAGCACCGGGAAGGAGCUACCCCUGCCCGCCGUCCGCCCCGCCGCGGCCCCGGCUCCUCUCGCCGCCGCUCCAGGACCUGUCGCCCAGACCGGCCCCGCUACCUGCCUGGCCGCGGGAGGAGCCUCUUCCCUCUCCCCGGAAGGAUGGAGGUCCUGCAGCUCCUGCGUCUGCUCCUCACCACUGCCAUGCUGGGCCUGUCCCAGACAGUGAACCCCUUUGUGGCCCAGCAGACCCCCCCAGACCCUUGCUAUGAUGAGAGCGGUGCUCCUCGACGCUGCAUCCCUGAGUUUGUCAACGCCGCCUUCGGGAAGGAGGUUCAAGCUUCCAGCACGUGCGGGCGGCCCCCGACGCGGCACUGCAACGCCUCGGACCCGCGCCGAGCGCACCCGCCCGCCUACCUGACCGACCUCAACACCGCCUCCAACAUGACCUGCUGGCGCUCGGAAACCCUCCACCACUCGCCCCAGAACGUCACCCUCACCCUCUCCCUUGGCAAGAAGUUUGAGGUGGUCUACGUCAGCCUCCAGUUCUGCUCGCCCCGGCCCGAGUCCACCGCCAUCCUCAAGUCCAUGGACUACGGCAAGACGUGGGUGCCCUACCAGUACUACUCCUCCCAGUGCCGUAAGAUCUACGGCAAGCCCAGCAAAGCCACGGUCACCAAGCAGAACGAGCAGGAGGCGCUGUGCACCGACGGCCUCACCGACCUCUACCCGCUCACCGGGGGGCUCAUUGCCUUCAGCACUCUCGACGGGCGACCCUCGGCCCAGGACUUCGACAGCAGCCCCGUGCUCCAGGACUGGGUGACGGCCACCGACAUCCGCGUGGUCUUCAGCCGCCCGCACCUCUUCCGUGAGCUGGGCAGCAGCCGGGACGCGGGCGAGGAGGAGGGCGCCACGGGCGCCACGGGCUCCACGCCCUACUACUACGCGGUGGGGGAGCUGCAGGUCGGCGGGCGCUGCAAGUGCAACGGGCACGCGGCGCGCUGCGUCAAGGACAAGGAGCAGAAGCUGGUGUGCGACUGCAAGCACAACACAGAGGGGCCCGAGUGUGACCGCUGCAAGCCUUUCCACUACGACCGGCCCUGGCAGCGCGCUACUGCCCGUGAGGCCAACGAGUGUCUGGCCUGCAACUGCAACCUGCACGCGCGGCGCUGCCGCUUCAACAUGGAGCUGUUCAAGCUGUCGGGGCGCAAGAGCGGCGGCGUGUGCCUCAACUGCCGGCACAACACGGCGGGCAGGCACUGCCACUACUGCAAGGAGGGCUUCUACCGCGACCUCAGCAAGGCCAUCACCGACCGCAAGGCCUGCAAGGCCUGUGACUGCCACCCCGUCGGUGCAGCUGGCAAGACCUGCAACCAGACCACGGGGCAGUGUCCCUGCAAGGACGGCGUCACCGGGCUCACGUGCAACCGCUGCGCCAAGGGCUACCAGCAGAGCCGCUCGCCCGUGGCCCCCUGCAUCAAGAUUCCUGCCAUCAACCCCACCUCCCUGGUCACCAGCACAGAGGCACCUGCAGACUGUGACUCCUACUGCAAACCAGCCAAGGGCAACUACAAGAUUAACAUGAAGAAGUACUGCAAGAAGGACUAUGUGGUCCAGGUGAACAUCCUGGAGAUGGAGACGGUGGCCAACUGGGCCAAGUUCACCAUCAACAUCCUCUCUGUCUACAAGUGCCGUGACGAGCGGGUCAAGCGCGGUGACAACUUUUUGUGGAUCCACCUGAAGGACCUGUCCUGCAAGUGCCCCAAGAUCCAGAUCAGCAAGAAGUACCUGGUGAUGGGGAUCAGCGAGAACUCCACGGACCGGCCCGGACUGAUGGCCGACAAGAACAGCCUGGUGAUCCAGUGGCGGGACGCCUGGACACGGCGCCUGCGGAAACUGCAGCGGCGGGAGAAGAAGGGCAAGUGUGUGAAGCCCUGAGGGGUUUGCACCCACCCUGUCCCCCCUGCCAGCCCCAGCCCAGCUGGGCACUGCCAGACUGCACCACAGACUCUGUACAUAUCCAUAGUGUGAAUGGACUCUUUGUCUAUAGUGUAUAUUUUGGCAAUGGUUUCCUGUUGUGUGUGUGUGCACGGGUGGGUGUGCGUGUCAGCCCUUUUCUCUAAGUGUGUAUUAAAAAUAAUGCAGUAAUGACAAACCUUUAACGAGGAGCAAAGUGGAGCAAGG